AUGUUGGCAAGAGUUUGGCAUCGACUCUAUGUAGAAAUUGGCUUGAAAGCAUGGAUGGUAUCGCCUUACAACACCAAGAUCCUCUGCCUUCAGCGGUACUUCCGAUUCCUUGCAUAUGGUGGCUCCACGCUCAUUCUUGCUCUAUCCUUGUCGAGCUUGGAAGUCUCGGAUCAGAAGAUUGGCCCUUUCAUGACCUUGACCCUUCUAGGUGACGUGUUCGUGAGCCUGAUCUCAACCGCCAUCGCCGACAGCAUUGGCAGACGGCGGAUUUUGGCGAUUGGGGCAUUGUUGAUGACUGCAAGUGUGCUUGCAAUGUUCCAAGGCCACCGAACUGCAGAGGAGCAAGCCUUGGAAAACUUCGAUUCGCAAAUCCAACAUGUGCGGGAAGAGGACUCAGAUGAUGUUCGGAACCCUGUGUAG